AUGCCGCGUUCAACGAACGAAGAGCGCAAUCAGGUAGUUGGUAUGCUGAGGGCCAAUACGCCAGUAGCGAAUGUUGCAAGGACUUUCAAUGUGACAAGAGACACGAUAUAUCGAUUAAUGAAUCGUUUGCAGACGUCUGGAUCCGUGCAGGAUGGUCCCCGGACGGGUCGUCCUAGAGCCACAACACCAGCCCAUGACUGGUACAUUCGGGUCAUGUACCUACGAGAUCGCUUCCGGCCUGCUACCAAGACAGCCAGGGAGUGGCCGGGACGGAAAACCAUAAGUGCCCCGACUGUGCGCCGACGCCUCAGAGCUCAAGGUCUCAUUCCUAGACGCCCUACUCGACGCAUCCGCCUGCUCCCAAGGCACCGCCGAGUCAGACUCAACUGGGCCCGCCUGCACCGACGAUGGAUUUUGAGACAGUGGGAUAAUGUGAUGUUCACAGAUUAG